CAGCCCUUCCUCGCCAAGAGACGGCAUGUUAUAUACUUUAAAACCUUGAGUCUACUGUCAAAUUGUUUUCUAACGCAACUAUAAAACUCCUUGAGCGAAUUGUCGAUCGAGUGUUGCUUUCCCUCACACAUUACCACACGCUUUGCUCUGAUACCAAUGUGUUAUUCGUUUAAUUGAAGCUUUGGAUUAACAACAGCCACCAUCCAACGAACUGGGGAAACACCUUAUUUUAAGCUCUUUGUGUCGGCAGACUUUCAGGCGCUGUUGGUUCCAUCCUUAGCAACCAGGACGGUGCACGGCUCAGUGGAUUUCCUAACUGCGAGUCCAGCUGUAUUGGAGACGGCCAACACAUCCCCUGCAUCCUUACGAUAGUGUCGCCGAGUAAAAAGGGCACAGCCAACUGCAGAAGAAGAGGCUUACACUAGUCAACUCCAUUGAGGCUUAUCAGGAGCAGCGGCCAUGGCGGGUGCUGGGGGCGAUGCACCCACCGGAGCCGGUGAAACAGGCGACUUUUCCAUUGGCGAACGUGUUUUCGUACCCCACGUAGACCGACACUAUGAAGCGAAGAUCCUAAAGGCCGAGUUCAAGCGCAACGUGGACUGGCCGGAGGGGCAGUGGUACUACUUCCUGCACUACUCGGGCUGGAACAAGAAGUACGACGAGUGGGUGGAGGCGACUGGGCUGGUGAAGGCGGCGGAGCUGGGGGUGGCGCCGGGGGGAGCAGGGGCACCAGGCGGCAAAGGCGGUGGCGCGGGGGCACGCAAGGCGCCCAAGGAGCGUUUCGCUGCGGC